AUGUCUGAAGCCACGCGCCCGGCGGUGCUGAGCGCCGUGAAGAGUGACCAGCUGGCUGCGCAAGUAUCGGAUGCGUCGCCGCAGCCUCGCAUUUCGAUCACCAUGAACGAGACCGUUUCGAGCAGCGUGGAGAUCAAGGAGCCGCCCUCCACGAGUCCCACGAUGCAGGCGGCCGAACAUCCGCCCGAGCCACCUGCGGCUGAGCAGCCGCCAACUGUGGCUUCCUCCCCGGCUCCAAGUGAUCAGCCGCCGAGCGUGACCUACUCGCCGCCUGCGGCUGGGUCGCCGACUGAGCCGGUGACUGGAUCGCCUGCAGCGGCGUUGUUAGCGGAGACAGCGGCGGAAUUCCCGGAGGACCCGCUGGCGGGACAGGAGGCCAAGUUGCGGGUGUCGGAGUCUUUGGAGUGGGUGACGUUGUCGGAUGGGAGUCGGUACCGUGGGGGAUGGGCGGCUGACCAGCGGAUCCAGGAGGGCGUGGGUCAAUUAUGCUUCGCGGAUGGGAGUGAGUACGUGGGAGAGUUCGCGGACGGCGUGGCGGACGGCGUGGGGGUGUUUAGGGCGACGGACGGGGGUGAGUUCCGGGGUCGGCUGCGCGGCGGUAAGGCGAGCGGCUACGGCACUUAUCUUUUCCCGGACGGGUCUCGUUACUGCGGGUCGUUUGCCGAAGACAAGCGCCAUGGCCGUGGGCGCGAGGUGGGACGGGACGGUGUGGUUUACGUGGGUGAGUACGUGGCGAAUGCGAAGCAGGGCGAGGGUGUGUUGCAGAGUCCGAAUGGCGACCGCUACGAGGGGCACUUCGUGAACAACGAGUUACGAGGCUUUGGCACCUACGAAUGGAGCGAUGGCCGCCGAUAUCAGGGGCAGUGGGACCGCAACCUGCAGAACGGCCAGGGCUCCUUCCGCUGGCCUGAUGGCAAAUUCUACGAAGGCGAUUACGUCGACGGCAAAAUGCAGGGCCGUGGCACCCUUCUCUGGCCUGACGGGCGUAAGUACCAGGGCCAGUGGGCAGACGGCCAGCUGGACGGCGAAGGCGUCUUCUGGGCAGACGAACACCGCUGGCGCAUGGGCCUCUUCAAACAAGGCCGCGCCGUCCGUUUCUUCGACGACCAGUGGCAAACCGGCGCUGUCGAAGACUACCUCGAAAAGAGAAAGGUGCUCCAAGGCAUUCGCAAGUUCGGAGGCGGCUUCACCCCCUCACCCAGCCAGAUCUCACCCAGCCAGGUCCCACCCAGCCGAGCCCCAUCCAGUCGGGCCUCAUCCGGCCGAGCGCGGUAA